UACACGGAUAAAAACGAAAAAGCUAAAUAACUUAUUAUUUAUUCCUUUUUAUCCUUUAACGAAUUUUAAUCUUUCCAUCGUUUAAGAAUUAAGCUUUCGGAAUGCUUUUUUGGAAUUUAAUCUUACAAUUGCAUUUCUAAUAAUAAUAUCUACUCUUGUGACUUGAAAAAGUUUCUAGUUUUCUCAAGUUUUUAAGAUGGCAGCCGGCACGUUUAAUUACCCGCACUGGGUCGUGAUACGCUUAUUAAAUAGCUUGAAAAAGUUGUAUUCAAUGUAUUUAACACAAAACUUGACCCAAGGCGACAUACACUUGGCAAGAAACGGACGACGUGGCCUCAUACAGUUUUUCCAACUUUCUCCUCCAAAUAUGAACCGCACUGAGCUGGCACAGUUUACCCCGAGGUUUACUCUUACCAUGGUCCCGAUUCAGGUGCCGCUCAUGGACCCGAUUAACGUGCCGCUCAUGGUCCCGAUUAAGGUGCCGUUACGGCAUCAACAACAACGAUUAUUACAAACCGUGUCAUCCGGAACGUUAUUAUUUAUAAAGUGGCAUAUAUUGAAGAUCAAGUCUUCGAAAAACCGGUCGUAUAGAAUCUCUAGUUGCAAAGCAAAUGGUAAGGCUGGUGCUUCAGUGGAUGUUUCGCUUCGAGUGGCAGCCGCCACCAUAUAUUCAUACCGAGUUAGAGGACCAUCGCCAAAGCCACGAAGUAAUGUAAUUCUGCUAUUUUUAUGGAAAUAUUAACAAUAAAGAGAUUCUGGAGCAUGGUGCUUUUUAAAUUUUUGAAAUGUCAAAAUUUUUCACUUUGUUUUGAAAAGAAUGAUCCUUUAAUUGAAUAAAUCACUUCUAAGCCUCUC